GUUUACUCAUAUUAAACCGCAGUAAUCCACGAGAUUGCGAGCGUUCCUGUGUAUCUAUCUGCUUUAUUGUCUACGAUGUUACGAUUGCAAAAAAAGCCAACACAGUGCUGCCAAUAAAGCUUUAUUUCCCUAUCUACAAAAAAAAAGCCUGUAUCCGUACUGCUUGUUCGCUUAUUGAUACAUGUAAUUGUGAAUCGAAUGAAGGUAUAAAGGAAGAAAGAGAAAUGGAUCGUAAUUCAUUCUCAGGUUCUGGGUUCUAUGUGAUGUGUUUAGUGAUGAUCGUCGCAGUGCUUGACAUCUUCCUUAAAAAAAAAAAAACACGAGUCUUCUUCUUGACAGAAACUAAAUCUUCCAUGCUGCGUCAUUGAUCGGUUUGGCCGUUGAAUCGAUGUUGAAGAUUUAUCAGUGUCCGAGAUAUUACCUACGAAGAACCGUCUUAAGAAGACGAGAUCGAAGAGGAGAGUCUGAGAAACAGCAACGGCGACCAAUUCCCGUAUUCGUUCCCACGUGAGAUAUCUCGAUGAUGGACGAUCGAGAGAGUCCAUUCGUACGAACACAGGCCAGCAGAAGUCUGAUUCGGCCACAGACAGGUGCACGAAAGUUCCUGAUGCCGUCGCCCGCGGAUAAGACAGUACGCCACCUGGCAAAUCGACAGACUGUUGGUGAAUCGGAAAUGAAUCCGAUGGGCACAUCGAAACGAUUGUCAGCGCCGCAUACACCCUUCGAGAGUCUGAAGCAAUGGGAACUGGUAGAGAAUGACAAGGGUUUGCAAGUAGUUGAGAAACGGGCCGGCGCUUUAAACCCUAUCAGAUCUAAGGAAAUGAUCCCCACGAGUCCGCUCUACGUGAGAGACUCCUCAGCGAAGAGACUCCUCAGCGACACGAAUGUGGACGCAAAUCUGGAGGAGAAAUUGAGAAUCUUCAAUGAAUCGAAGAUUCUCCAACCUAUUGGACUUUCGUUUGGCCAACAAAGGAUGGAUUUAGCAACACCCGUUCCACCGUUGGCAGAGCCCAAGGCGCCGCUUAGUCUCGAUUUGAUUCUGAAGCAACAACAAAUAGCGUCGACGGGUACGACGACACUCGAGAGUACCGACAUGCUGCAACGAUUGGAGCAGCAAGUUAAAGCCAUCGAGAUGAGCACGAUUGCCGCGAGGACGCGUCAGCUGGAGAACAGCUCGGAUUUCGGAGCGGAAGUUCAGCUUAGAUAUCGAGAACACGAGGAUUUGCUGCGAAAUGCCACCGAUGAUGAGGCCGAAGGGAUCUCACUGUUGCACCGUGGAGAUGCAACGCGGAACUCCACCGGAAAUGCCGGCAUCGUGCCAAAGAAGCCCACCGUUAAGUUGUCUAGGACUGCAUCGGAUACGCGACGGGGACAAGAAACGGAGAUGAGAACACAAUCCAGAAUGCCACAAACUCGCGCGAUCGUCCGGCCGAUAGUUACCAAAAAGGAUCACCAGCGUCAACAGCAAUCACAACAGCAGAACAACGCAAUGACCGUCCCGCUCAGACCGUUGUCAGACAUGCAGAAGGGUAUUCAGAGCGAGAAGGAGACGGGGGAUGGCGUAGGGGUGUCGAGUAGCGGAGGUCGACUCUCCUCGAGGAGUCGAACCUCCGAGGAACCUCAUAUCGGCAAGUACAAAUUACUGAAGACCAUUGGCAAAGGCAAUUUUGCCAAGGUGAAGCUUGCUAAGCAUGUACCCACGGGGAAGGAAGUAGCCAUCAAGAUCAUCGAUAAAACUCAAUUGAAUCCCGGUAGUCUUCAAAAGUUGUUCCGAGAAGUCAGGAUAAUGAAGAUGCUCGACCAUCCAAACAUAGUGAAAUUGUUUCAAGUGAUCGAGACUGAAAAGACACUGUACCUGGUAAUGGAAUAUGCCAGUGGCGGCGAGGUCUUUGACUAUCUGGUCCUGCAUGGGCGGAUGAAAGAAAAAGAAGCGAGAGCGAAGUUUAGGCAGAUCGUUUCUGCUGUGCAAUACUGCCAUCAAAAGAAGAUCAUUCAUAGAGACUUAAAAGCUGAAAAUCUGUUGCUCGAUAGUGAAAUGAAUAUCAAGAUCGCCGAUUUUGGUUUUAGCAAUGAAUUUACACCCGGUAACAAGUUAGACACAUUUUGUGGUUCACCUCCGUAUGCCGCGCCGGAACUUUUUCAAGGAAAGAAAUACGAUGGUCCGGAAGUGGACGUAUGGUCGUUAGGUGUAAUCCUAUACACAUUGGUGUCCGGCUCACUGCCUUUCGAUGGUUCGACAUUGAGAGAAUUGAGAGAAAGAGUAUUAAGGGGGAAAUAUAGAAUUCCGUUUUAUAUGUCCACCGACUGUGAAAAUCUUCUCAAGAAAUUUUUGGUGCUCAAUCCAACGAAAAGAGCCUCACUAGAGAACAUAAUGAAGGAUAAAUGGAUGAAUUUGGGAUACGAAGAUGACGAAUUAAAACCGUACUUAGAACCUGAACCUGAUUAUAGAGAUCACAAGAGGAUAGGUGAGUCUGCCAAGGCCUUAGCCAGUAUGGGAUACACUCGAAGCGAAAUAGAGGAUUCUUUAGGACAAGCGAAAUAUGACGAUGUAUUCGCUACGUACUUGCUCUUAGGUAGAAAAACAACAGAUCCUGAAAGCGAUGGAUCACGGUCAGGUAGUUCAUUAUCAUUGCGUAACAUUCCACCUCAAGUCAGUUCAGGUGGUGGAGGAGGAAGCAGUGGAGGAACAGGUGGCGCAGUACAGAGUCCAUCUCACAGAGGUGUUCAUAGAAGUAUUUCUGCUAGCAAUCCAAAACCCAGUAGACGGGCCUCGUCUGGUGGUGAAACUCUUCGAGGUGCACCCAGUCCAGGUAACGCAACGAAUCACAAUCAUGCAACUGCAGUAACUGGUACAACUGUGACUGGAAGCGGGGGUAGUAAUUUUAAACGACAAAAUACUGUGGACGCUGCUACGAUCAAGGAAAACAGUGCUCGAGUUUCUGCAAGCCGACCCUCUGCAACUAAAAAUAGUCAAUCACCUGGGCAAUUAGAUACUAUGACAAUGUUCAUUCUAGGCGUCGGUACAAGUCCUGGUGGAAAAGCAAGGGUAGGCAAGAGCAACACAAUGAACGCAGGGGUAGGUGGUGGUCGGCCUCUCACCUCACCUGCUCCUAGUUCUGUUGGUCGACGUAGCACCAUCUCCUAUGAUCAAGCGAAAACAUCAUCAGCAUCUACUGAAAGAACCAACGAAGUACCCAGCCUGGGCGAGGGCACUAGACCAACGCGGGGUCACACCAAGUCUGCGAGCAUCAGCGCAAGUCACCGUUCCUCAAGUGGUGUACCCCCCAGCGACCAUUCACUACUGGACCCUCAACCACGCAACGCCCACAACUCCUUACUCGCCACUGCUGACCCCCUUAGGCAGAGUUUGGGUGUAUGCACAAGCAACAGACUGGCCACAACCACUACGGCAGCAUUUCCACGGAAUGUUCCGAGUCGCAGUACGUUCCAUUCUGGCCAAAAUAGAGCACAGCGAAAUCACACUCAGGGUCACACACAAACGCAGGACACAAAUGCAAUUAGCCCUCUUGCAAGGCCGUCCUUUUUCUCGAAAUUAUCUUCGAAGUUCUCCAAACGCCCCAUGGACCCAUCCGUACCCCCCAAGCACCUAGUAGUGAGCGGAGCUACUACUAACGACGAACAGGUCAAACCGCGCAGUCUACGCUUCACGUGGAGUAUGAAGACUACCAGUAGUCGAGAUCCUAAUGAAAUAAUGUCCGAGAUCCGAAAGGUAUUGGAUGCCAACAAAUGCCAGUACGAACAACGCGAGCGAUUCCUGUUGCUGUGCGCGCACGGUGAGGCAGCGACGGACAGCCAAGUACAGUGGGAGAUCGAGGUCUGCAAAUUGCCACGACUUUCCCUGAACGGAGUACGGUUCAAGCGUAUCUCCGGGACAUCAAUCGGUUUUAAAAAUAUUGCCAGCAAAAUCGCGAACGAGCUCAAGCUGUGACUGUCAGCCACGGGCGCCCUAGCCGCCAAUCGCGCCAACCCAUAACGACCUCGUGAGCGUAGCCACCAAGUGGCGGUGGUCACCGAGGAGUUUUACUCUUGUUUCUUCUUCUGGGACUCCGACUCCGAAUCCGAUACCCAAGAAAUAUUCGUUUAAACGCGAUUCCUCCGUCCCAGUCGACGAACAUCAUUGUCAGGUGAGAGAGAAGAGAGAAAGAAAGAUAGAGAUCUUCUCACGUAUUUGUCAUCUCUUCUGCGUUGGAGGUACCGCUAUUAACGAUUCGUCGAAAAAAGUUUGAAACUGUGAUCCGUGAUGACUAAUACGUAUACAAAUACUCCCGAGUGCCAAAAUGGAGAACUAGAUCGGGUCCUCGUAACGCUUUGCGAGCGAGAAAAAGAGA